AACUUGUAAUUAGACGGUUUGUGUUGGUUUGCGCAUGACGGAGGUGUCAGGCUUUUAUUACAGUAAGUUAGGACCAAAUAUAUCGUACUGCGUACUAAUAUAAAACACUUCACUCGAUCGGUUUAUUUACUAUUUCUAACUUUCAACAUCCCGGAACCUGUUCGGUCAUAGUCACGUGUCUGAAGAAGCUACAGUAGUCUGAGAUUAGUUUCACGCUCUCUGUGUGGACUAAUAAGAGUACCAGAGUGGAAUCAUGCGUGGCCUCGUCUGUGGACCUAAACUCGCCGCAUGUGGGAUCGUGUUGAGCAUGUGGGGGGUUGUCAUGUUGGCCUUGCUGGGCAUUUUCUUUACAACACAUUCAGCAGUACUGAUUGAAGAUGUGCCUUUGACAGAGGAAGAUACGUUUAAAGAUUUAAAUCCACCUCACAGGGCCUAUGAUGUGUACCAAAAGGUGGGCUACAACUGCUUCAUCGCAGCUGCUAUGUAUGUAGUGUGUGGACUGUUCUCCUGGUGCCAGAUGAGGCUCAAUAAGAAGAAGGAGUAUCUUGUGCAGUAGUGCCACCUGGUGGAAGGAUAACCUCCCUGCAGCCCACUGACAGCAGGAGGGACGGCUGUGUUGAUUCUCAGCUGUUCUUUCUUCUGUCUCAGGAUUUCAGUGACCUUGUCAAAGGGGACGAGGUUGGACACUUUGAGAACAAAAAGUAAUCUGACUUGUUAAUUCUAAGAUUAAACUAGUUCUACCUCUGAUUACUGUGUUAUAACUGUUUGAUUAUACUAUCAGAUUGAAAUAAAAGCUGUAAAACACUUUUGUGUACUUCUUAAAUCAGAGAGUAUGUUUGUAAUCCUUGUCAGUGACCAUGUGACUGUGUUGGGAAUGUUGAUAAUGAAAUUAAAUCAUUUCUCUCAG